UUAAAUGCAACCAGUCGGUGACAGUGUUGGCAAGGGGAAGCUUCGCGGGCUACGGAAUCGGACCGAGCAAGUGUCACUUGACUCCGCUCGUUCUACGCUAGACAAAAAGUAACUGGACCGGUGCUCCAUAUGUAUUACUGGCACACGUAACGACGCAAUAGCCCAAUUCUGGAAUCGGAAGUUGUCUGUGCAAUCGUGCGGUUAAACGGAUUAACGCAAUUCGGGGAAAUUGUGGAAGGCGCGAGUUUUCGGUUCACGGAGUGAAUUCAGCGUACAUGUCGGCAUUAUCAACCUUCAGUGCUCAGUUAUCGGUGAUGGAAUUUAGCGAUCUCCUCGGUUUAAUUACGGACGACGUUUGAUUGCCAUGUACAUCAAAUCGGGUCACCGAUUCCUCAGUGACAAAGGCCAGAUAGUGUUCCCUGGUCCACCUACGCGUUCGGCUUUCUCGUUUUCGUACACAAGCCCGCCGACCACUACCACUACGGCUAGCACGACGACGGUUGCCCUGGCAGACUCUCCGGAAGUUUACGAUGAUACAAACUACAUCGACAUGUGGCGAAGUAAAUCAACAUCCGGCUCGGAUAUGCUGUCCGACAAAAUUCAGAUGUUCUACAUCUACAUAACGGUCACCAUAACGUCCGUGUUUGUAAUCAUCCUAUUGGGGAUUUUUGGUUACAUGUGCUAUAAAAGGAAAGGAUUCCAGAGCAUCGAGAACCAACAGGACAUCGAAACGAGCAGAAGGCGAAGCAGCCGAAGAUCUCAACGUAGACAAUCGAGACAUUAUUCCAAAGAACGUGAAGCCGCGGAAAAUCCUGAUCAGACACUUUUACGCUGAUUAUAGUUUAUUUUUUCUAUUAUCACGAAAGUUUGUUAUUAUAAGUACUACAUUUGUUUGAAUAUACAGCAUUAAUAUAUAAGCAUUGAUUUUUCCAAUAAC